GUUUUCAAACUUCCUCUAUAUUCUUUGUUCUUACACUCCAUCCUGGGUGUAUAAAAGACAUUGAACAAAACAGAAGAAAAGUGCUUUAAGAUGUCCUGUGUGUAACAAAAAUGCCUCUACGAUGCUUGAUGUUGGUCACCAUCUGUGUUGUGUUCAUCACCACUGAAGCUGUUUCAGGUGAACAUGUGAAGAAAGCAGUGGGUGAUGAAGUUUCUUUUCAUCCAGACAUAAUAAAUUCUCCUGUCACCAGCAUUAUAUGGAAACACAAAAACGGCAGUGGAGUUGUUGUCAAGGCGAUUGAAUGGGAUGAUGAGGGUUUUAACAUCCCGAAUCAGAAAUUCAAAAGCAACACAAUUCUCGAUGAGAAAACUGGACAAAUCACUUUAACUAAUUUAACUGUCAAACAUGGUGGCAUUUAUACCAUUGACAUCAACAAUAAAGAGCAGGAACACAGAUUCAGCUUGAUUGUUAUGGAUCGGGUCCCUAAACCUGUGAUAAAAAUAAAGAAGAUUGAAGGUAACUCUGAUAUUGUGUAUUUAAUAUGUGAGUACAGUGAAACGAUCAUCUGGAGGAAUUCUACUGGAAAAAUACUGAUCGCCUCAAAGCACCAUCCAAAAGGAGAGUUUAUCACAGCUGAAUUCACAGGAAAUCCUGAUAACUUCUACACAUGCACUCUAGAUAACGAUGUUAGUACUGAGACCAGUGAGCCGGUCUAUGAGCGAGAUCUGUUUCAAGAUGUGUGGGGAUAUGUCAUUGUUUCAGCCAGCAUGGUUUUUAUCAUCCUUUUCCUGUUUAUACCACCUUGUCAUGAUUAUUGCGCCGAUUGCCGUAGAAGACACAAGACUUCCCAAACAUGACAUUCGUGAAUCGUGAACAAAAACUUAUGCUGCUACUUGCCACACAGUUCUGCUCAUCAUGGACCCUUUUGUUCCUUCAAAUACAAACCUACAUGUGGAUCUUCUCGACCCAUUUGCCUGGUCAUUAGCUUUAAACCCCAGCUUUACUAAAGCAACUGGAACUCUUAAUCAUUUAUGCCUUCAUAACUUUGACUGUUUUUGACUGUUUCUCUUUGACUCGUGGUCUGCUGGGCCGUGCAGAUGGUGUUUGAGCUUCAUCCUUCAGUUCUCAAUCAAUAAAUAUACUGUUACAUUUAUUUUUGAGGAAUCUCUUACAGAACGUAAUGCUUAUUUUUUUUCUUUUGGCCAAGACUGGGGUGGAGACUAGAGAUAGCAUUUUUAUGUACAGAGAAGAAGAGAGAGACUGAAAUAAAAUGUGCUAUCUAAAGCAAGAUCCAACUGUUGUAAACUCUAUGGAUUAUGGACUAUUAUGUGAGCAUGGUUGGUUUUGCUGUGUGGCCCUCAAAGUACAGGAUAGUAUGAUAAGAAGACAACAGACUAUAAUCAGUUAUGCAGAGAGGUGGGCAGCAGUUUUUGACAGUAGACAGUUUUCUUUUAGUUUUGGACAGAAAGUAUGUUUACAUAAUGAUUUAUACUAAAAAUGGAAAUGCUUUUCAUUUGUAUUUAUGAACAGUGUUGCAUGCAGAUGACAAUGUCAAAACGAUCCCUGCUAUGAAGACAAAUUAAAAUGUUGUAUUAUGUAUGCCAGGCCAAUAGUUGGCAAUGUCACUUCGCCUGCACAUUCAGAAAAAUCUGACUA